AUGAGUGCCACUGAGCAGGACAGCGCUCCUCCGCCUCUAGACCCCUUCGGCAACGAAGUCUGCCUCCUCUUCCUCAAGUAUGGCAAGUGCCGCUACAAGAAAAAGUGCAAAAAAAGCCACAUCGUGCCUGACAAAAAUGCGCCAAUUAUGCAGCAAGUGACAUCGGUGGCGCCAGAGAAGCCCGUUGUCAAGGAGGGACCUAGGAUUGCGUUCACGGUCAAGAAGACCCCAUAUGCUCGGCCAUCGACGGCCGCGACCUCUGCCAGUUCACCCAUCGCUUCGAACCUGAAACGGAUUUCACACUUACAACCACAGCAAGGAUCUCACCAGGGUUUACAACGUCAGGUGCUGCCGAAACAGCAGCGCAACACUACUGAGCUUGGCUCCGCUCCUCACACAAAACAAGUCGGUCAGGUUGUUGCUGAGCAGCCACUGAAGUCCAAAGAUGGCGCCACUGAGGCAAUGGAUGUCGACCUUCAACCACCAACCGCGUUGAAUCAGGGAGAACCCAAGAAGCCACGGAAACCAAAGGCAAAACGACCUCCGAAGGUCCACGUGCAUCGCCUCCUAUCAUCACUGUUCAAGACAACCAUCUCUUCAGAAACCGUCGCCGCAAGUAGGAAUUCCUCAACAACAACUGGAUAUCCAGGAUAUCCAGGACCUCCAACAAAAGGACGACAACUCCGUGGCAAUGCCAUUGCCAACAGGGGGAAGGAUAACCAGGGGUCCAAAAAAUCACCUUUUGCGAUCUCCGCUGGCCAUUGGACAACAGUCAGCAGUAACGAGUUGGAGGUUGCGGACGAAAAGAUCGAAAAUUGGUACACAACCUACAAGGCUCGACUGGAACCCAAGACACGACGACUCAUGGUCAUGACCAAACCGACGACAGCGCGACACCAGAGCCAGCUCAAAACCAUGCGGAAACACCACUGGGAGUGCCGGACAGAGAUUGAGCAGCAGCUGAGGCGUCAUGUCCCAACCGCCUUUUCUCUCAAGAUUGUGCGGACUCGGAUCGACUGGGAAAGAAUCGCGCCUUAUAUUACCCUGAUGAUCCAAGCUGCCUUUGAAAUGGAUAUCCAGAACCCACACCUGCCAGUAGUCGGGACCACACUGUGUGCACUUUUGGAACACAAGGAUCUGGGUGGUCUCGCCUGUGAGGAGAUGCUCAUGUCCUGGGGUCUGACUGGGAUCGACGCGCGCCGGUUUACAAGUCACCUUUGGGAGGUGAUGGUCGCAGCCGCUGGAGAAGCGUCUGUGCGCGGUGGAAAGGGAUUCGGAAUGCGGGUCCGCCAGUUGGAAGACAAGGACGAUUUCAAGGCUAUCCGUGCACGCCUUCUUGAACUCAAUAAAGCCCCUACAUGA